UAUCCAGGCCACUCGGUGUUUUUGCUUUUGACUUUCGAGUGUUUGUUCUCAAGUUCGCGUUCUCUCGUUUCAUUCCCAUUUCCACUUCGGCUUCAACCGGCUGUUUUUAUCUGUACUAGGAAAUUUCCACCGUUGAAUCAACUUGUCAAAUUCAAUAUUCCCGUGACACCAUGUCGAAACCGGUUUUUGGCUAUCACGACCUCAGAGGGAUCGCCCACCCCAUAAAGUUCGCCCUUGCUUAUCUUGGCGUUGAUUAUGUCGACAAGCGGUACCCUCUCACGCCAGAAGGGUUGACGGAGUAUGGCGGAGAAAAAGGCAAUUUGGGAUUGGACUUUCCCAACCUCCCGUACUGGAAAGAUGGCACCGUUAAGCUCACCGAGUCCCGAGCAGUGUUAAAGUACAUCGCGAGAAAGCAGGGAGGCGGAGCCCUUAUGCCGAAGGAUGAGGUCACUUUGGCCAACGCUGAGAUGGUGGAAGGUGUACUUUGGGAUGUCUGGUACUAUUUGAUUUGGCGAUGCAAGUUCGACAACGACACCUUCAUUGACCUGUUGAAGGCACGGGCCCCCGCAAAAUUAGACCUGGUCCAUACAUUCUUGGGAAAUAAGAAGUGGAUUCUUGGCGACCAGAUUUCCUACGUUGAUUUCAUGCUGUAUGAGGUUCUGCACGGGUAUUCUCUAUACGAUCCUGAGUUCCUUAAGCCAUAUCCCGGUCUGCUGAAAUUGAAGGCGAAUUUUGAGGAGAUUCCUCAAAUCAAGAAAUUCAUUGCCUCACCAGAAUACAUUAAGGGGCCUUGCUACCACCCUACUUUUAUGAAGCAUAAGGUCCCGGGUUUGACUUGCUAGUCAAACCCGGAUGACUUUCUCCCAUAUGGGAGAAAGUCACAAAAUAUAAUUUGAAGAGUUUUCCAAUAAUAUUUAGAGUAUUUUGCAGUUUGAAGAUUAUUUUUCAUAUGAUUCUUGGGUCAAGCAUCUUAGAUUUUCUUGAAUUAAGCUGUAUGACUCUAAAUACUAAAUGAUUAUUCUGAAAAUAUUUGACGUCAGUCCAUAAAUACAUAUUCAGUCCA